UAUUCUUGUUCUUCAUGCCGCUAUAAAAGCAUUAACAUCUGGUACAAUAAUCGAGAAAAUCUCGUGAUUUAGCGCAAGGCUCUGACAUUCACAGGGAGACUAAAUUUGUGGUUUUGUGCACUAAAAAUUAAAUAGAAGUUCGUUGAGAUCUUGAAUUUGCGAUACCUAAAAAUGGAGGGCGAGUGGAGGAAGAGUAUUCUGGUAACUGGUGGAGCGGGUUACAUAGGGAGUCACACUACUUUGCAGUUGCUCUUGGAUGGUUACAAAGUAGUUGUCAUUGAUAAUCUCGACAAUUCUUCAGAAGAAGCUGUACGAAGAGUUGCUAAGCUUGCAGGAGAAUAUGGUCACAAUCUCAGCUUCCACCAGGUUGAUCUUCGAGAUAAAGAAGCUACAGAGAAAGUGUUUUCAUUGGAAAAAUUUGAUGCUGUUAUUCAUUUUGCUGGAUUAAAAGCUGUGGGAGAAAGUGUAGCCAAGCCGCUACUAUACUACAACAACAACAUAGUUGGCACCUUAAAUCUAUUGGAAAUUAUGACUGCUCAUAAUUGUAAAAAGCUUGUGUUCUCAUCAUCUGCUACCGUUUACGGCCAGCCAAACGAGGUCCCAUGUACAGAAGAUUUUCCCCUAUGUGCAAUGAACCCAUAUGGACGUACAAAGCUCUUCAUUGAAGAAAUUUGUCGUGAUGCUCACCAAGCAGAUCCUGAGUGGAAAAUUAUGUUGCUUAGAUAUUUCAAUCCUGUUGGAGCUCAUUCCAGUGGAAACAUUGGUGAAGAUCCUCGUGGAAUCCCAAACAAUCUCAUGCCAUUUGUUCAACAAGUUGCAGUUGGAAGGCGACCUGAGCUGGUUGUAUUUGGAACAGAUUACAAGACAAAGGAUGGCACAGGGGUCAGGGAUUAUAUACAUGUCAUGGACUUGUCAGAUGGUCACAUUGCUGCCCUCCGCAAGCUAUUUGAGACUAAAGAUAUAGGUUGUGAAGUCUAUAAUUUGGGAACUGGACAAGGCACAUCUGUUCUUGAAAUGGUGGCUGCAUUUGAGAAGGCAUCGGGAAAGAAAAUUCCCCUGAAGCUUGCCGAUCGCCGGCCUGGGGAUCCUGAAACAGUGUAUGCAUCUACAGAGAAGGCUGAGCAGGAAUUAAACUGGAAAGCACAGUAUGGAAUAGAGGAGAUGUGUCGUGACCAAUGGAAUUGGGCAAGAAAAAACCCUUGGGGCUAUGGAUCACCUGAGACUGAUUGAAAUUUGAAUUUAAUUUGCAAGGUACUUUUUAUACAAAAUAGACCAGAAUGCUGAUCAAAGGAUGUUGACAGUGGCUGAAGGGAUUUGAUUAUACUUGUAUCCAUAAUCUCUCUGAGAACAUUUUUUAUUUUUAUCGACUGACAACAAAGUAUAGGUUGCAAUUAGGGAUGGUGGAAAUAUUUAUAAUUCCAGCAUGGGAUUGCGUAAACAUCACUAGUGGCUGUUGGACAGAAUAGCUCACAGGUUCUCUGAAGUGAAUAACUGCAGUAAAUAGCUGUAAACCCUGGAUGGUUUAUGGCUAUAGAUGCAAAUUUCUACCAUCAACUGUGAUAUAUGGUUAAUAAUUUGGGAGGAAGAUUUAGCUAGUCAUGAUAGUGAAAAGGAAGUAUGGCAAUUUGUGUCAUUGCCUUUGAUAUUUAUUGGAAUGGCACAUUUGUUGUUUAAAAUAUGAUCUUAUCCAUCUUUUGGAUGGCAGACAGAAAAGCAUGCCACAGUGUAUUAACGUGGUCUAACAAAUUCAAUUAUAAUUUAAGUAUUAGUGCAGCUCUAAUAUGUUUAACUCA